AUGUAUGGAAGUGCAAGAACAAUCACCAAUCUGGAAGGUAGCCCUUCCAGAUCACCUCGUUUGCCACGGUCUCCUCGUCUGGGCCACCGAAGAACAAGUAGUGGGGGAGGUGGAGGAACAGGCAAGACUCUGUCCAUGGAGAAUAUCCAGUCCCUAAAUGCAGCCUAUGCUACAUCUGGACCCAUGUAUCUGAGCGAUCAUGAGGGGGUGGCUUCAACAACUUACCCAAAGGGCACUAUGACUCUGGGAAGGGCCACAAAUCGAGCUGUAUAUGGAGGCCGAGUCACAGCUAUGGGGAGUAGUCCCAAUAUUGCCUCUGCUGGACUUUCCCACACAGAUGUCCUUUCAUACACGGAUCAACAUGGCGGUCUGACCAGCUCAUCCCAUCAUCACCACCACCAGGUCCCCUCCAUGUUGAGGCAGGUAAGAGAUAGCACCAUGUUAGAUCUUCAGGCCCAGCUCAAGGAACUUCAGAGAGAGAAUGACCUCCUACGAAAAGAGCUCGACAUCAAGGAUAGCAAGUUGGGAUCUUCCAUGAACAGUAUCAAGACCUUCUGGAGUCCUGAGCUCAAGAAGGAGAGAGUCUUGAGGAAAGAAGAGGCAGCUCGGAUGUCUGUCCUCAAGGAGCAGAUGAGGGUUUCCCAUGAAGAAAAUCAGCACCUUCAGUUGACAAUCCAGGCCCUUCAAGAUGAGCUGCGAACCCAGAGAGACCUCAACCACCUCCUGCAGCAAGAGAGUGGCAACCGAGGAGCAGAGCACUUCACCAUUGAACUGACGGAGGAGAACUUUCGGCGGCUCCAAGCUGAGCAUGACAGACAGGCUAAGGAGCUCUUCCUGUUGAGGAAGACCUUGGAGGAAAUGGAGCUGAGAAUUGAAACACAGAAACAGACCCUCAAUGCCCGAGACGAGUCAAUUAAAAAGCUUCUUGAGAUGUUGCAGAGUAAAGGUUUGCCGUCCAAAAGUCUUGAGGAUGACAAUGAACGGACACGUCGGAUGGCAGAGGCUGAGUCUCAAGUCAGCCACUUGGAAGUGAUUUUAGACCAGAAAGAGAAGGAAAACAUACAUCUUAGAGAGGAAUUACACCGAAGAAGCCAACUUCAGCCGGAGCCAGCCAAGACGAAGGCUCUCCAGACUGUCAUUGAAAUGAAGGACACAAAAAUUGCUUCAUUGGAGCGAAACAUAAGGGAUCUUGAGGAUGAGAUCCAGAUGUUAAAAGCCAAUGGUGUGCUGAACACUGAAGACCGUGAAGAAGAGAUAAAACAAAUAGAGGUUUACAAAAGUCACUCCAAGUUCAUGAAAACCAAGAUUGAUCAGUUGAAGCAGGAGCUUUCAAAGAAAGAGUCAGAACUUCUUGCCUUACAAACAAAGCUUGAAACUCUUAGCAAUCAGAAUUCAGAUUGCAAGCAACACAUUGAAGUGCUUAAAGAGUCACUUACUGCCAAAGAACAGAGAGCUGCCAUUCUUCAGACUGAGGUAGAUGCACUGAGAUUACGGCUAGAAGAGAAAGAAUCUUUUCUCAAUAAAAAAACGAAACAGCUGCAGGACCUCACAGAAGAGAAGGGGACACUGGCUGGAGAGAUUCGAGACAUGAAGGAUAUGUUAGAAGUGAAGGAAAGGAAAAUCAAUGUUCUUCAGAAAAAGAUUGAAAACUUACAAGAACAGCUUAGGGAUAAAGACAAGCAGUUGACCAAUCUGAAAGACAGAGUGAAGUCCUUGCAGACUGAUUCCAGUAACACAGACACUGCACUGGCGACGCUCGAGGAGGCUUUGUCAGAGAAGGAAAGAAUAAUUGAGCGUUUGAAAGAACAAAGGGAGAGAGAUGAUCGGGAAAGACUAGAAGAGAUAGAAUCAUUCCGAAAAGAAAACAAAGACCUGAAAGAGAAGGUCAAUGCUUUACAAGCUGAGCUGACGGAAAAAGAGUCUAGUUUAAUUGACCUCAAGGAACAUGCAUCUUCAUUAGCCUCAGCAGGGCUGAAAAGGGACUCCAAAUUAAAAUCUCUAGAAAUAGCCAUUGAACAAAAGAAAGAAGAAUGUAGCAAAUUGGAAGCACAGUUAAAGAAGCAAGCUGAGCAGUUGUUCAAUCAGAUGUACAACCCAGCUCAUAAUAUUGAAGAUGACUCCAGGAUGAACCCAGAAUUUGCAGACCGGAUAAAACAGCUUGACAAAGAGGCGUCUUACUACCGUGAUGAGUGUGGCAAGGCCCAAGCAGAAGUUGACCGGUUGCUGGAGAUCCUCAAGGAGGUGGAGAAUGAAAAGAAUGACAAGGACAAGAAAAUUGCAGAACUUGAGAGCUUGACUCUCAGGCAUAUGAAGGAUCAGAACAAGAAGGUGGCUAACCUGAAGCACAAUCAACAGUUGGAGAAAAAGAAGAAUGCCCAGUUACUGGAAGAAGUCCGCAGGCGAGAGGAUAGCAUGGCUGACAACUCUCAGCAUUUGCAGAUAGAAGAGCUGAUGAAUGCACUGGAGAAGACCAGACAGGAACUGGAUGCCACCAAGGCUCGCCUUGCCUCCACGCAGCAGUCCCUGGCUGAGAAAGAAGCACACUUGGCCAACCUCCGGACAGAGAGGAGGAAGCAGCUGGAGGAGAUCCUAGAGAUGAAACAGGAAGCACUUCUUGCAGCAAUCAGUGAAAAAGAUGCGAACAUUGCCUUGCUGGAACUGUCUGCCUCCAAAAAGAAAAAGACACAAGAAGAAGUCAUGGCCCUCAAGCGGGAAAAAGAUCGACUAGUGCAUCAGUUAAAGCAGCAGACCCAAAACAGAAUGAAGCUGAUGGCGGACAACUACGAUGAGGACCACCACCAUUACCACCACCACCAUCACCACCACCACCACCGGUCCCCUGGGAGGUCGCAGCAUUCCAAUCACAGGCCCUCUCCUGACCAGAUGAUCCAGCUCUGUCGGAGGCACGGAGGCACAGUCAAAUCUCAUGCUGUACAUUGA